UGUCGUUCCCCUCCCGCUCCUGCCCAAUCCUCUCUUCCCCCGCCCCUCCCAUGAAAACCCUAGCCGCCACUACCGCCCUGCUGCCGCCGCCACUCUUGCGACGCCGUCGCUGCUCUGCCCUCCCUCUCUCCAACCUGAGCCACCGCCCUCCUCUGCGCCUUCGCCGCAGGCCAUGUCCGCGCCUAACCUCUCCUCUCCUCCUCCCCCUCAUCACAAGCCAUGCCAAUGAGGGCCACCGUGACCGAGCAGGUCAAGCGGCGCGUCCAGAUCGCCGAGGAGCCGCCGAGCAGAGCAGGUGAGGAGGGAGAGACUAGGUCGAUCUCUCUCUCUCUCUCUCUCUCUCUCUCUCUCUCUCUCUCUCUCUCGCGUGGGGAUGCAGCCCUUCCUCUGCUUGCUCCCAGCACCGCGCCGGCCGGAUCCACCUCGGCCACAACCGCCGGACCGGCACCGGCGUGCUUAUUCUCCAUGGAAAUGGACAUGGAGCUCUAACACCACUGAAUGAGAAUGCAAGCCUUGCAGGGGCUCAGCCCUGGUCUGCUCUUCUCUUGUAGAUGUGCGUGAAGAAAGGGCCAUUGGAUUGUACGGGAAGAAUGUGAUGUUAUUCUUUGCUGCUUGACUUGGCCUUGCUGCUCGACCAUGUUGGCCAUAGGUCUCUUAAUAAUGGUUCAGGUCAAUUGAUUGAUUCAGGCACAUCAUGGAGGCUGGUUCUCAUAUUCUUUUUGGGGAAUCCUUCGAUCUGUGCCGGCCUUCAUGUCUUCGCUCAGAGAAAACAGGUACUCCUCUUUGGCGUAAUGGGCCACCAGACAAGCCAGUUUUCUGCAAUGCAUGUGGGUUGAUAUGGAGGAUAAAGGGUACAUUGGUGAAUUACAUGCGGGCGCAUCGUCGGGAAGAUACUGGCGCUGGCGAAGCUGGACCUGACAAGCUGAAGCUCAAGGGACAGAAAUACCGGUAUGUUAACGAUGGGUUUUCUGGUAUCAUUAAACUUCAGGUUCAGCAGUCACAUGCUUGGGAGUCACUGAUACCAUCAAGAAAAAGGAGUUGUGUCAGUCGUCCUAAGCCUUCAGCGCUGGAAGCGCUUGUUGACGAUCUCAACUCCAUAAUUCACGAAGAGCAGUUAUAUUGCCUUUCAGCAGGAUCAACAGAGGAAGACCUAAUUUAUCAUAGCGAAACUCCUUUAUGCUGCAAAUUUUGCAUUUGAUUUCAUUAUCACAAAGAUGGAAAUGCAUUUUUAUACAACAUGUUUGCACCAUCAGCGCAAAGAUGGAAAUUCAGGUUCAUGGAGAAACAUCGGGUGGAUCUGCUUGAAGCUCUGGAUGUCGACUCCAUAUACUUCAUAUGUAAGGUAAGGAUUUAAAGGUCAUACAUCUUAUGCUUGGUUACUUUUCUGAGUAUGUAUGUUCCUUGCAUGGUUUUGAGUUCGAAUUUAAUGGGGAUUAAAAUUGUAUGUUUUUUCGAUUCUGAUUCAGUGAGAUGCUUAAACAAUGAUGAUACUUUCAAAUAAAUUUGAUGCUGACUUGUGAUAUAUUUCUCAGUUUCCUUACCCCUGUGUGUUCUACAAAUUUUAUUGUAGGGAACCUCCAUUUAUAUUACUAAGUAUUUUACUCGAUCGAGCGGUUCGCUCAAUCAAGGAUCAAGUGUUAGGUUAUCCUUGCAUAUCUUUUAGUUUCUAAAAUACACAUUGUUUGGUUCAAAUAGAGAUGUUCCAAGCGGAAAAUGGCAAUUGCUAACUACUAAGUAAACAAUCCAUAGGAUGUGCACCAUGUAAUGAAGGUAAAGCGCUGUAUUUUCCAGAUUAGGGAACAGGGGAACAUAAGCUUAAGUUAGUUUUAUGGCGUUCCAUAGAUCUUCUGCAUCUCAUAUUUUCAUGCUUAAGAAGGAAUCAUGAAUUUCCCAGAGGUUCAAAAGUUAAAAUAAAAACGAUAGAGAUCAUGGUUAGAAGUGAAGUAGUAGUAUAGUAAUGAAUGUGAGCAAGCAGUUUGCAUCAACACAUUGUUUGGACUAAUGAUCGGUAUUUUGUGGCAUCUAUUUUACCACCUGCUUUCUGCCAAAAGAAACGAUAAAUAAAGGUGGACAAUAAUAGGUUACAAUACUGAACAAAGGAAGAGAAAUACUUUUGCAAGUCAUGCAUGCAUUUUUUUAUUAGGCAAAAUUAUUUUCUUCAGAUGUAUAAUCCUAUUAUUCUGAGAUAUAUAUUUCUUGCUCAUCACCUGAUCCCGCCGCCGCCCGCGCUGGUGGUGCCCUGCGAGCCGCUGCGGCCCUGGUGGUGCUGCGGCCGCCGUUCCUGUCCAAGACGUACGAUCUCGUCAGCGAGCCGUGGCUGGACGGGGUCAUCUCCUGGGGUCCCGCCGGCAAGAGCUUCGUCGUGUGGAAUCCUUCCACCUUCGCCCUGGACGUGCUCCUGCACAACUUCAAGCACAACUUCUCCAGCUUCGUCAGGCAGCUCAACACCUAUCGGAAUCGUGGUCUAUAAUGCCAAUUUGGCCUUUCCUGAAAGAACUGGUUUAUCUUGAUCACUGAAAUAAUCUUGAUCCCGAGGAGUUGAUCCUGUGAUGGCAAGCUUAACCAUUUGCUGGGAUGCGACGCUGCUCACGCUCAAAGGACUUGCGAUGGAUGUUACAUUUUCUUAAUGAAACCUUUUCACUUGCCCAUGCCGGUGAAUGAUUAUCUUUUGAGAUAUAUAGGAUUGCUCUAAGAAGCUCUAUGGGCCCUGAGUGUCCGAAAGAUGUGUAGUUUAUAGGUAAGUUGCAAUUGAAUAUGGGAGACCCUUAUUUCUUACCGUACUUUUAUCUUCUGACAUUGGUAUUCAUAUUAUGCUUAAAGCUCAAUCCUUUUCCACGUGAACUAUAUCUAUUGUUACAAUAUUAGUUAAAAAUUGGUUCUUGAGGUUUACUUAGAUGGACAAAAAAAUAUAGUAUAAUUUUAUCCAUAAUGUAUUCCAUCUUAUUUUGCACCUAUUAAUUAUACGUCUAGAUACAUCCAUUCCUCCGACAAGUAUUUCUGGAUGGAGGGCGUAUUUUUGUUGUCCUUUAUUUGCAUUUUACCCUCGAAUAGAUUGGACAUGACUUGGUCUGAGUCAUAAGUCAUCAUUGACUGCAUAGGAGUAGGCCGGGGUAAGUGUCCAGUACCACGCCCUUUCUUAUCAAGUUGGUUACAUGUGUUUGUUACAUUCAUUCCAUCUGCAUCCCCUUCUCUUCUGUUCUACAAUUCCUUUUGCUUAUGAUUUCUUAUUGUAGUGGAAAAUUUAAAUUGCUUGGGUCGUUGCUGCUAUGAAAAUAUAUUGGUAUCUUCUAGGUCUGUUACUUUAGUCUCUCUCUCUCUGAUUUCAUAAUGAUAUGAACUUCUAUUAUGCUGCAAGAUUGGAGAGAUUCUUUUCAAGUUCAACCUGUGUCACGAGCUACUUGGUUCCUUCUCAUUACUUGGAGGAUGCAUGGAUUGGAGAGAUUAUGGAUGAGGGCUGAAUUAUGUGUAGCUAUGAUAUCUUUUAAUUUUGGUCAUAUAUGUAUCUUACAAGAAUUCCAGUAUAUAUUUUGGUCAUCUGUAUCAGAAUAAGGAUGCACCUUUAAUUAUUACAACUUCCAAGCCCAUCAUUUGGAAUUUUAUGCAGUUUUUUCUAUGGAAAUAUUUCGUUGUGUAAUUCUAUUGGACGAUUAUGGAUGAGGCCUGAAUAAUGUAUAGAUAUGAUGGAUGCUCUUA